AAAGAGCCAGAGUUCCUGACGCGGCCACCGGCACCUCACUGAAACACACCGACAAUGGACCUAUUCGAGUUUGACUUCUUCAGAGACUGGGAGCUGGAGCAACAAUGUCAUUAUGAGCAGGAUCGCUCAGCACUGAAGAAGAAGGAAUGGGAGAGAAGGACGCAGGAAGUGCAGCAAGAUGAAGACUUGUUCUCGACUGGCUUUAAUCUGUUUGGCGAGCCAUACAAGACUAACAAAGGUGAUGCCCUGGCCAAUCGGGUCCAAAACACACUCGGAAAUUACGAUGAGAUGAAGGAGCUCCUGACCAGCCAUUCCAACCAGAGUCACCUCGUGGGCAUUCCUAAGAACUCUGUUCCCCAGACUCCCGUAGAGAAACCCGACCAGCCUGGCUUUUUCCCUGAGGCACAGCGGAGCCGAGCUGCCCCCUCCCAACCUGGAAGCCACAGCACUUCCAUGCCCCCACCCCCUGCCAACACAUUGUCAACAUCUAACGUUGUACAUGGGCAUCCAAGCAGCAAAAAGUCGCGCUCCUCAGACUGGUCCCGAGGGGGUCACGGUUCAAGUGGCACCCAGACGGCUCAAGCAGUCACCCGGGGGAAGCACUCCAGUCAUGAACAGACCUCUAGCAGACAUGAUCAGGACCAAGAGGACUCGAGUCCCAAUCCCAGUGGAUCUGCGACUUUGUCACACUCCAACAGGAAGCAGACACAGUCUAACAAAGGACCAGCCACAGUUGAGCUUGGCCUCGGAAAGUCUCCCGUUGAGCAAGACUCUUGCUCCCACGUCUGCAACUCACCAAUGGCCUCUACAUCCCUGCUUCCUAGUGGCCUGUCGACGCCAACCUUUCCUCAAGGCCUCCACUGUAAACCCAGCACCGCUGUGCAGCAAAAACCCACAGCCUAUGUCAGGCCCAUGGAUGGCCAAGACCAGGUCCCCAAUGAUUCCCCAGAGCUCAAACCCCCAGUGGAACUGGUGGAAGGGUAUAACAGUGUGCCAUUUGGAGGUCUGCUGGACAGCAAAAGCAGCACAAUGGGGACCAAGGGCAAACUUCCGAAGCUGACACUGCCACAGUCUGGGGAGGUCGGCCUGCCCAACGACUCCAAUUGUGUGGAGGAAAUUCUGCGGGAGAUGACCCAUUCCUGGCCUCCACCUCUCACGGCCAUACAUACACCAGGCAAAGCUGAACAGACCAAGUUUCCCAUCCCUUCAAAGGAUUCACAGCAUGUGACCUCAGGAUACAAUGGAAAACGCUGCAAUGUUCCCAGUAACAAGCCUGCAACCAAGUCGGUUCCACAGAAGUCAAUGCUUGAGGAUGACCUGAAAAUCAGCAGUGAUGAAGAAGACACCGAACAGGCCACUGAGAAGCCCAAGCCCAGGAGUGCCCCUCUCAACCUCCCUGGAGCCACACCGAGGACCAGUGAGCCAGCCAGUCACUCGAGCGGUGCCUCGGGGAGCUCCAGCGAAUCAGAGAGCAGCUCUGAAUCUGACUCGGACAGCGAGAGCAGCUCCAGUGACAGUGAGUGCAAUCGGGCGUCCCGUGCCGCCACACCAGAGCCUGAACCUCCAUCAACAAACAAGUGGCAACUAGAUAAGUGGCUAAACAAAGUUAAUCCCCACAAUAAAGUGCUAAUUAACACCCAGUCUGACAGUCAUGGGCUUAACACCAUUCAACCGGAUGAAAGCCAAGCCUCUGAGAACCAGAGCUCCAGCAAGAGCAAGCCCAGCACAGCACUGGCACCAGCAGACCCCAAGGACCGAGCUUUACUCAGUCCCAUCCGUGAGAAAGCCAAACCCAAGACUGGUCAGAAAGCACCUGACAGCAAAAGCACCAAGGUGAAAUCACCAGCCUCAGUGGAGCUAGCACCACCCAGGAGAAACACUGGCAAGAAACAGCCCAAAAAGGUGGAGCAGUCUUCAAGCAGUGAGGAGCACAACUGGCCCAGACCAGGAAACUUAAGUUCAACUCCAAAGGAGAAAGAGCCUCCACCUUUAGAACCGCCCAAACCUAGAGGCAAGGGCCCUGUUGUCAAGACGGCUCCAAGAAAAGAACCUCGAACCACCACAACAAAUGCUGCACCAACCAAUACCACACCAGUUCCAGAUAAGAAGAAGCACAGAGGACCCAACAAGAUCAUCCCCAAGUCGAAGGAAUUCAUAGAGACUGAGUCGUCUUCAUCCGAGUGUCACUCGGACUCUGAAGAGCUCUCCAAGGUCCAGCUUCCUUGCCCUGGUCCUAACACCCUUAGCUUGAAAUCCAAGGAUUGCAACAGCAAUAUCCUGAGCAUUAGUAGCCUUACCAGCACAAGCAGCACCUCCAUUCCUGAUCCAGGUGCAUCAGAUCUCCUGGAAGAAUCUGUAUUUUCCCCAAUCCCCAUUGUACAGAAUGAACUUUUGUCACCACUUAGAGACUUUGAGGACAUCAAGUCACUUUGGGUUAAGAUUGAACUCAGUUUCCUGUCACGGAUCCCGGGGCAAGACCCGCCUGAUCCUCCUCCGACCAAGGCUGAGUGUCGUGAGGUCAGCGUCAAGCACAGGCGGCAACAGUCACCUGCCUCCAUCCCUGCAGAGAAAAACCCAAAUAAAUCAAAGAGGAAACACAAGUCUGAGCACUGUGAAGUUAUGAGUGGAGGCAAGAAGCUUCGGAUGGACAAAGAUACACUGUUACUUCCUCCUUGUAUCUCACCCAUACACAACCACAAGGUCUCCAGCACAAAAGAUUCAUUGAAGAAGCAGCCUUUCAAGAGGAAGGAUAAGCUGUUACCGCCUCUACUGUCGCCACUGUCAGAUGAGCCGGUGGGCCGCCAAAGAAGGAGCAGUGAAUGCAGCUCUAUCAGUCAGGAGGGAAGCACCUCCACCUGCCCCAGCACACUGCCCUCCACCCGAACAAUACCUGCCUCCACCUCUUCAUCAUCCUCAUCACACAAGCACCGUAAAGGAGAGAACAAAUCCUUGUCCCAUUCCAAGACCAGCAUUGAGGAAGACAGUCACAGUAAGUCAUCAGGUGGUUUCCAUGGCAAUGGUCAAUCGGACCCAGACCACUGGUCAAACACUUCCACAUUGUCUAUGGAGCACAUGGAACCCAGGAGACCUAAACUCACAUUUAAUAACACUGUUCACAAUGCAGAUUACUACAUGCAAGAAGCCAAGAAGCUAAAGCACAAGGCAGAUGCAUUGAUGGACAAGUUCGGCAAAGCUGUGAAUUAUGCCGACGGCGCACUCUCGUUCAUUGAGUGCGGCAACGCCAUGGAACGAGACCCAUUAGAGGCCAAGUCACCCUACACAAUGUACUCAGAAACUGUAGAGCUCAUCAGGUACGCGAUGAGAUUAAAGAACUUCUCCAGUCAUUCCGCCACAAUAGCAGAGAAGAAACUCGCUGUACUGUGCAAUCGCUGUUUGUCACUUCUGUACUUGCGAAUGUUCAAACUAAAGAAAGAUCACGCAAUGAAGUAUUCACGCUCACUAAUUGAGUAUUUCAAGAAUUCUGCAAAAAGUUCCCAAGCACCUUCGCCAUGGGGAGCCAAUGGAAAGAUCACAGGUACCCCAUCUCCCAUGUCCCUGAGUCCAUCUCCCGUCAGUUCCGUCAGCAGCGGUGCUGGAGUGUUGGGCUCAUCCUCUUCCUCAUCCGCCUCUGGAAAUGUGGCCAUUCCCCAACGCAUCCACCACAUGGCAGCCAGUCAUGUCAACAUCACCAACAACAUCCUGCGCAGCUAUGAACACUGGGAAACUGCUGACAAGCUGGCCCAGGAAAGUCAAGAGUUCUUUCAGGAGCUGGACUCAGUAAUGGAACCAUUGACGCAGCACAGCAGCAUGACAGAACUGGUGCGCUACAUACACCAAGGAUUGCACUGGCUUCGGCUGGAGGCCCAUUUGUUAUAGUGCUGGCAAUUCCACUGUACUCCUCUCUCUCCCUCUCUCUGUUUUUUCUUUCACACUCUCUUCCCCACCGCUCAUCACUACCUCCACCAUCUUUGCCAUCUCCAACCCUCUUGAACCCUGAGGGACGUCGGCAGUUAACCACUAGCAAGCCUUUGCAAAACUGUGAGUUAUUUGCUGAGAGGGUGUCAUGACCUGGUUCCAGCUUUGAUUCCUGUAAGGAAUGCAUCAGGAACAUCUUGUGAUCUGUCGCAGAAUGCCACAGGCAGGCAGACCUGAAAGGACUGAGUGGUGCUGCAUCAUAUUGUAGCGCUACAAGAUUACAAAACUUAUGCAUCUGUUACAAGGACAGAAUUUGCGAUGGCAGCAGUGGGCAAGCUAACAAAGUUGUUGAAAAAAAACUCAGCUAGUUACAUCUGUUUUGGGCUAGACACCAGAAAAAUCAAAUUUGCUACGUAAGGCAAGUUAGGCCAGAAACAUAUGUCACGCAAA